UACAAACGGAAUCCGCGACGAAGAGCGAGGAAUGCUAGAAAUCCAGAAAAAUGUCAGCUUUAGAAACGGAAAUCGCGUCUCUAGUACAAGACAAGUACUUGAUGACGAGCCUCGGUGUGAGUGUGAGCCAGUGGAGCGCCGAAGCCCUUGCAAGAGCGUAUCAGAGGCUGUUAAGUGUGUAUGACAGCUGCUUCGACUUCCCUUCCUCGACCAGCUGUGUGAAGGCCAAGCUGCAGCAUGUACAGAAAUGUCUCCGUCUGCUUGGGAUUGGCCACCUUGCUCCAAAGCUGGAUGAGCUGACAGAUACUGGCAGAGCUUUAAGGAUCAUAUCUGCCCUCGAUGACAAGAUAUCUGCAAAACAUAGUGUUCAGAUAGCAGCCAAACGGAACAGAGUUAUAAUAAAACAGGAAGAACUGAGAAACAAGCCAGCCAAGAAGGUAGUCAAGGUUCCUGUUCGCAAAGAAAACUUUGAGCAAGAGAAUGUUGACCCAAAUAUCAUUUCCACGAAUCCUGAGGAGCCAGUUGGAAAGGUUUCCAUCAGCACAUCCUCGUCAGGAGUUAUUAUGACACAGAAUGAAUGGUUGGUUCAACAGAAGGCAGAUUCUCAGCCCACAGAAGCACCAAAAGAGGAAAAAAUUGCUACUAUUAUUCCAACAGGUCGUCAACUACCCAGAACUCCUGUCAAACCAUCUGAUCUUCCACCUGAAGAUACUGACUCUCCAGAGACUUCAUGUGCAAUAGAAAACAAUGACCAAGAUUCACCUUUUCUGUCUGUUGCUCCAGCAGGUAAUCAUAUUCCAAGUGGACGACAGCUUCCCAGAACACCAAAGGCUGAGGAAGACUUCAAUUCUAGUGAUGAUCAGUCAGAAUUUAGAAACUCUGAGUCUCUCUUGGAAGAAAAGUCACAUCAUAGCAUUACCCUUGCAACACAGAAAAAAUCUGAGACUAACAGAAGAGGAACCUUUGUCCUCCCAACACCCCCAAGAUGCCAACAAACAGUGCUAUUAUCAGAGGAUUCUCUAAUUGAUAGUGAAAGACGGGGCACUUUCACUUUCCCACCACAUUCAGGAUAUGAAAAUAAAGAUUCAUACAGUGAAGUUAGUGAGGGUACUGGUGAUAGGAGAGGGACAUUUACUUUUCCUUCACCUCUAGAAAAUGAGAGGGAUGAUGACACUAUGCUAGAUAGAAGGGGUACAUAUACUUUCCCCCCUCCUGCAGAAUUUAAGGGAGAAGAUUCGUAUGGUGAGGAAGUGGACAGUGAAGAAAACAGGAGCACAUUCACCCUCCCACCUCCUGUUGGGUAUGAGGGAGAAGAGUCCCACAGCAAUGUCACUGAAGGUGAUGCAGCUAGAAGGGGUACAUUCACCCUUCCCCCUCCAAGUGGAUGUGGAGAAUAUGACACAUACAGUGCAGCUAAUGCACCAAAUAGAAGAGGAACAUACAAUGUCUCAUCUACUGAAAUGGAUGGAGAAUCCCUUGAUUCUUCCCAAGAUGAGGAUGAUAACAUUUUUCUAAGUGAAACCAACAGGAGAGAAACAUUUGCCAUCCCUUUACAUUCUGAGAAAGAGGAAAGAAGGGGUACAUAUGCUAUUAGUGGUCCUUCAGAUGAUGACAGACGUGGUACAUAUGCUAUCAGUGGUCCUACAGAUGUAAGGGACAGACGUGGUACUUAUGCUAUCAGUGGUCCUUCAGAUGUAGGGGACAGACGUGGUACAUAUGCUGUCAGUGGUCCUCCAGAUGAAAAUGACAGACGAGGUACAUUUGCUAUCAGCGGUCCUUCAGGUGCUAGUGAUAGACGAGGUACUUAUGAUCUAGGUAAAGGCCCAUGCACCUCGGAAGACUAUGUAGGGCCAAUUUGCUCAAACAAAAUGAAAAAGGAGAUUUUAGUUUUUGGUCAAGAUUCUCUCAACACUAAGCCCAUGGGACCUAUUCCAGAUUUAAGCGAAUUUGAUGAUCUCCCAUUUACUGAUGAACUCCCUACCCCUGAAGUUACUGUAAGUGAUCGUACAUUUCAGAGUGAUUCUGUUGAAUCUUCUAGAGAAGUGUCGGAACUUUCAGAGAAAUAUAUGGAGACACCAUUUAAGAGUAAUGAAGUAAAGAAUGCUUCACAUGAGGAUAUACCUUUGCCAGUCACUAGUGUAAUGGUAGAUAAUUGUGUGACUUUACAACCUCCAACAGCUAAAGAAAAUUAUAUUCCACGAGGAAAACAGAUACCAAGGACACCCAAUGAGAAUGACUCAAAGGAAAAGAGCAACUCUUUGGUAAACAGUACUGGAACUGAAACUACAUUCGAGCAUUCCAGUAUAGGAGGUGAUCCCAAUUUCUCUGUUCAGAUAUUUGUUGCAACUCCAAAGAGGCCCCAGAAUGCUAAUCUGACGGGAGCAAAAGAAGGUGAUGUAGCAUUGAUUGAGAUCCCCAAAGAUGACAGUGAUUUGCCUAGAAACAAAAUUCAAAACAAUUAUGACACUACGGCAGAUACGAAAAUAACACCUCAAGUAAAACAAAACUCUAAGCAGCUUCAGCCAAAAUUGAUGGAGGAAAGUCCUAGGACAGAUUGGGAUUCUAAUCCUUCUGAAAAAUAUUCAGUUACCAGCAGUGUUGAUCUUCAGGAUAGGAUUUUGGAAGAUAAGUCGCCAAACCAUCUUGCAGAUUCUUCUCUCUGGAAGAAAACCAACAUCUCAGACUUUGAUGAUUCUUUGGAGAUUUUCCCCUCAAAGACUAGAAAAAUAACCAUGAAGAAUGAGAAUUCCAUCACAGGUGACCUUGGUGGAGCAAGUAGAGUAGCAGAGGGUGAAUUAACAAAAGACAAUACUUCAAUUGUGGAUAUCAAGAGGACUAAGAUGGGUGAUACUGAGAACAAGAAUGAAAGUCAUGGUAGUAGUGAGGAAGAGAUGCAGAAUAAGUAUGCACUUCACAAAAAUGAGUUCCGUGAAACAUUAAAAGAGGACAUAAUGCAUAAUCCUGAGGGAAAAAGGAAGCAAGUUAGAGGUAAUAGGAAGGAGAAAACCACAGAAAUGUUGGAGAACCUUGAUGUUUUAGCCCACACCCAGAAAAAGGAUAAAGUCAAAGCAAGGGUAAUGAAACUCGAGAAAAACGAACCUGAGGUUGAAAGCAACUCUGAUAAAUUAGGAAAUAUUAAAGAAGAGGAAAACAACAUGCUUCCAGAAAGGGAAGUUAAUUUGAAACAUAAGAGCACGAAAAGCAAGCAAGAAAAACGACAGAGAUCUGCCAGAUCUUGCAAGGAAAACAAACCUCAUGAUGCUGAUCUUAAUUCAUCAAAUGAUACAGUACAUAAUGAUAGCAACCAGCUUUUCUUACAUCCAGUGAAGGCAAAUAGGCAAGGGCAGAAGGAAUCUCAAGAUGACAGCCAAAAGAAAGCAGAAGACACUAAGUCAGUAAAAGAAGAACCUGUUGAACCCAAAGAAAAGAAAUCUAGGCAAAGAAAAGCAGCUGAAGAUAAAACAGUUAAGAGAAGAGGUAGGAGAAAGGAAAAUGCAAUAAGUGAAGAUUGUGGCAACAUAGUGGAAACUGCUAUAACAAAAUCUGAAAAAGGUGAAAAACAGGAUUCUGUAGUAGAGCCAUCUAUAGAAAAGGACACAAACAGCAAAAGUGAUGAAUUAUCACCAGUCAAACCAUUGCCCAGACGAGGCAGGAGAAAGAAAAUUGAACCAGUAGAAAUCCUCCAGAUAACAGAGGAUGAAGUCAAUGUAAAAACAACAAAAUUAUCUUCCAGUGAAGCUUUGCCAGAGGUACCAGCUAAACAGAUGCGAGGAAGGCUGUCAAGGAGAGCACCAAAAGACCCUCCGCCCAAGGAAAAUAAUGUUGAAUUAAAUGAAACCAUACCUGUUCAGAAGGGUAAAAAGAAAUCAGAUGUAGAAGAGAAAAUGACCAUAAAGAAGAAAAGUGCUUCAGUAUGCAAUACUUCUGAAGACAAGAAGGCUGCUGAUAAACUGACAGAACCUGUAUUACAAGAAGUAGUAAAGGAAACAUUGCAGCCAGAACCAAAAUCCAGGACAAAGAGACAGACAAGGAAAAAGAAUGAUGAGACAGUAAUAAAAAGUCCUACCACUUCCAUUCCAGCCAAGAAAAGUACAAAGCAAAAGAAGACACAGGAAGAAAAUGCAGAUCUGACAGUAGUAAAAGAUAGCACUGAAGAGAACCUCAUGGCAGAAACCAAGAAGAGUACAAGGAGAAAGAAGAUACAGAUGGAAAAUGUAGUUGUGGUGGAAGAGAAAGUAGAAACACUAGAAAAGGCUAAAACAGCAAGAGCAAGGAAUGACAGAGGAAGCAAGAAGACACUAGAUCCUGAAGGAGAGUUAGUGAGUGAGAACAUUCAAACCAACAAACCAAAAGGAAGGAGAAAAAAAGCCAGUCCCAGUGAUAGUCUUAUAGAUGUCGAGGAACAAAACCAAGAAGCCAAAGAAAAGGAAGUUCAGAAACAGUCCUUGAAAGCUCCCAGGGGUUCUCGUAAAAAGAAGAAUGCAGAGAUAUCACCAGAUGUUUCAUCCCAGGAAGUUCUUCCAGCUGCUGGUCGUCCUGGACGGCGAUGUAAAGCCAAAGCUUCAGCAGCAAUUGCCGAGACCUUAAAUAGUUCUGACUCUGAAUUUUUGAACACUAUUAGAGCUUAUAAAUCCUAAUUAUGCAAGUAAUUUGGUUUGCUAAUUUACAGUUUUAUAUUUGAAAUAUUGUUUUUUAAUACAUAUGUUUGUUAAUGGUAUUUAUAUGUCUUCUGUUUCAUUCCUAUUUUCAUAUACAUAAAAGAAAAAAGUAAAUUUCUUCUCCUUUUCUCAUUUGUCACUAAAGGAUUGUGUUAUGCUCCAUUGUACUGACAUGUCACUAGUUUUAUGUCAUUACAUUACUAGUCAGUGCUUGUUGAUUUGAUAUGUGACACACAUACUGUGUAUUUCAGUUAACUGAGCCAGGUUUUCAAUGGUGCAUCAAAUGAUCACUUCGCAAGAUGGAAAUUUUUAAUCUCCAUAUUCAUAAGUCUUCCAUUUCUGUCUUUAUUCUUGCUUUCCCAUAAUACUCAUCUUUGCUUUAUUUUCCUUUUUUUUCUAACAAAAUGUAUAGGCAGAUUUACUUCUUUAAUUUUACUGACACAUUGCUUUUAUCCAUUAUUUUUUAAGAUAUGAGUAUUAUGUUUGACUACUUUACUGACUAUAAUUUUAUAAAUUCACAAAACCCCAAAAGGCUGGAGAGAUUCAGAGCUAUGUGUGCUCACAGAAAAAAUAGACUAGAUGGCAAGUUUAACUGCAGGUACAAGGAUUUUGCUACUUUUACCAUGUCAUGCAUGUGUGCGUGACUAUACGACUUGAUAUAUUAUUCUCCUUUAGGGGUUAAUGCAUAGGUAUCAUUUUAUAGACUAAUCUGUGAUGUUUAUCAGUUUAAUGGCAUUGUCAUGUAGUGUAUAUUGAAAAUGUAAUGAAUUAAUUAAUAACUCUUUGAGCUGAUUGUACUCGUCCUAUUUUUUUUUUGGAUGAAUCAAAACUAUAAAUAAUUUUGCCCAUGUGAUGUGGGAAAACUGCUCAUGAACCUAUUUUUUUUUACACUAAAGUGGGACUAAUGUAUAGGUAUAAAUACAUUACAAUAAAACCGAAUUAUCUUAUUUACCUAAAAUUGAUCAUAGAAAACAGUUGAUAUUCAUCAAGAGAUGGAAAAUUUUAUUUUUUUCUCAGAUAUUCUCAUAUUUAAAGAUUUAUCUUGAAAAUGUGAAACCUGUCAAAUAAUGCAAAU